GUUCGUGGCUGGUGUGGCAGUGCGAAGGGACUGGAAAAAGAAGUUCCUGAGCCCGCGAACCUGCAGCGGAAGUGGAAGAAGAACGUAUGUCCUUCAAGUGUCUGUAGCUCAGAGAUGUGGCCCAGGGCAGGGAACUGUCUCUAGUUAAAGAGGCCAUGCCUGACGUUGCUUCCAGAUCCCAUGUCAACACCAAGUCCUCAGCUGCUGGUGGCAGCUGCUCAGCGGACCCUGAGCAUGGGAAAGAGACGGGGCCCAGCCCGAGCUGUCUGCCUUCACCUAGCGGGAGAGGUCCUGGCUGUGGCCCGGGGACUGAAGCCAGCUCUACUCUAUGAUUGCAACGGUGCAGGGACAUCGGAGCUCCAGAGCUAUCUGGGGGAACUGCAGGGCCUGGGCUUCCUGACCAAGGGACUUCACAUCCUUGAUAUUGGAGGUAACAGCCUGAUCGUCAUACCUGAACAUGUAUGUCAGCACCUGGAGCAGGUGCUGCUUGGUACUAUAGCGUUUGUGGAUGUUUCCAGCUCCCAAUCUCACCCUUCUGUCUGCUCCCUGGACCAGCUUCAGGACUUGAAGUCCCUCAUAGCCGAGAUCAUCACCCAUUUGCAGGGGUUGCAGAGGGACCUCUCCCUGGCCGUCUCCUGCAGCAGACUCUGCUCCUCAGAUUGGAAUCUCUGUACUGUGUUUGGGAUUCUCCUGGGCUAUCCUGUUCCCUAUACCUUUCACCUGAACCAGGGAGAUGACAACUGCUUAGCCUUGACCCCACUACGGGUGUUCACUGCUCGGAUCUCGUGGCUUCCUGGUCAACCCCCAGUCUUGCUCUAUUCCUUUAGUGUCCCAGAGAGCUUGUUUCCAGCCCUGAGAGACAUUCUAAACACUUGGGAGAAGGACCUUAGGACUCGAUGUGGGGCUCAGAAUGACUUUUCUGACCUCAGCAUCUCCUCUGAGAUCGUCACCCUGCCAGUUGUGGCCCUCUGACUAACUCCCAUGUAGAAAGUACUCAGUAAAUAUUCAGCUCUAAGUCAGGGAUUACAAGUAGGCAUCAUCUCCAGUGUCAAUUCUGAGCAUCUUGAGAACACUAGGGAAGAAUGCUCUAGUCAACUGGCCACGUCUGUGACGGGCACAGGAACAGGUGGUGGUGGCAGCAGCAGCAUUGGUAGUACAUACUUGCCAUUUCUAUACUAAGGAGCCUUCUUGACUUAACUGAGAUGUCUAUUCCUUUUUCACUAGAUAGAAGAUAGAAGGAAAGAGAUUGUGGAGAAGGGGAAUGAGGGGGUAGAUGGAGAAGGUUAUAAGGGGGAAAAUAGCUAUUUUAACAAAGAUUGUGGCCCUGACUGGUUUGGCUCAGUGGACAGAGCGUCGGCCUGCAGACUGAAGGGUCCCAGGUUCGAUUCCGGUCAAGGGCAUGUACCUUGGUUGCGGGCACAUCCCCAGUAGGGGGUGUGCAGGAGGCAGCUGAUCGAUGUUUCUCUCUCAUCGAUGUUUCUAACUCUCUAUCCCUCUCCCUCUCUGUAAAAAAAUAAUAAAAUAUAUUUAAAAAAAAGAUUGUGGAGAAGAAGAGAGGUGGAGGACAAGUAGUGUACCCUUGCAUACCAUAUGUAUGGUAUGGUAAUGUUGUAAAUAUACUCUGUGGGUAGUGUUCACUAGAAAAUAGCAGGCCUGGGCUUUAUUGCAUGUUUCUAUACCUCCAAUGAAUUGGACUAUGGAAAGUAGACCAAGAUGCUCAAGUGUCUUAUAUUUGUGAUGUGAUAGGUCAGUCACGAAUAAACAAUUCUGGGGAACAGAGAUUGUCAGGCGAAGUUUAUUUGUUUUACAGUAGGUGGAAAAAAAUAAUAAAGUUAGAAAUGUCAGUUGGGUUGGGAAAACCCACACUUAAAAGUAUCCAAACCUUCUGAGUUUUUUAUUCAGUUUUUUUAUUGAGUUUUUUUGCUUCUGAUUUUCACCCAAGGCAGCUGUCACAAGUUAUUCAGAUCACCAGGCUGUCCUUGUUGGCCAGGAACACUGCUAGUGCUAUAGCAAUCAUCAGGAUCAGCAUCGAUAGCCAUCGGCCACACUGCCUCUGAGGGUGGAGGGGGAGAAAAGAGAAGCCAUGAG